UUGCCCAUUUUGUCCAUGAAAGCUGGAGUGCGGUUGGCUGGCGGUAGGACCCCGUCAGAAGGCCGUGUGGAGGUGCACCGCAGAGGCAGGUGGGGCGCCGUCUGUGACAGAGACUGGGCCGCAAACAAGGAGGGUGCUGUCGUCUGCAGAGAACUCGGUUUCCAUGGCGACGCCGAGAAGAUUCCCUCGGUUCCAGACGAUGAUUUGCUGAGGAGACCUGUGUGGAUAAACGGAACGCGGUGUACGGGGAGUGAGGACAGGCUGAGGCGGUGUGUGUUUGAGCGGGCGGCGUGGGGAGCCGGGGAGCAGGGACGCACGGGGUGCAGGACCGGGGAGGCCGUGGCCGUCAGGUGCAAUGGGUCCAGCAAGGCAAUCUCGUUCCCAGAGUCGUACAGCAUAACGCCAACUCCCGGUACCAGGGCACCGUCAGACGAGGAUCGUCUGCCCGCUACGUUAUCGGCAGGUUCGAUAGCGGCGAUCACGGUGUGCGCGGUCAUCAUUGCCGUGCUGUUGGUCAUUCUUGUGGUCCUUCUUGUCGUCCUCCGGAGGAAAAGCGACACGAUAGAAUGGUCCAGACCUCCUCCCUACAACCCAGAAGUACCUGUGACGUCACACCAAUCAACGGCCGAGUACACGCAGGUCGAGGACCAAUCAGAGCCGGGCCAGGUGCAGCUGAAUCCGUCCUCCGCUGAGGUCACCUACGCCACACCUGUCAAAACCAAGAGAAAAGCGCCGCCUCCUCCAUCUUCCACGCCGCCUAGCGGAGAUGAUAGGCACUACAGCACGAUUGACGAACACUUGAUCGACGAAGAUGACCAAAAGAAGAAACAGAAAUCGGACGCCCGGAGCAAGAGAGUCCCGGAAUAUGCUAUUGUAAACAAAAGAAAAAAUAAACAAACAAGUCAUAAAAAUGGCACAGGGGAACCUUUGCUCCGUGAUAGCUCUAAGCGAUAAAAUCCACAAAGGUAGUAGACAUUAAAACAUAAAUUAUAUUUUCUUAAUUAUUUGUUGCAAAGUUCAGCGUUUCGAAUUCUCAUACUGUUU